AUAAAAUUACUUACUUGGUCCUAAAACCCGCUGUCCCAUAUUGCAAAUAGGUGUCCUUUUUCUUUGGAUACAUUUCUCUGGCGAACGCGUACACCGUUCUAUAACUGUUGUUGUUUGACAUUUUGAAUAAAUAGAUCUAAAUCUCGAGUACCUUAUCACACAAUAAAAUAAAUAGAAUUAAUUCAGGAUUAAAAUUAAAAAUGUGUUCAUUCCCCACCACCCAGGGGUUAGAUGAGUAAUACAAGUUGUCACUGUCAAAUUUAAACGUCAAGAAGGCACGAUGACAUUAGCAAUUUUUCGAGAGCACAAGCAAAAUGGAACGCUGAUUAAUAAAUAAAUCAAAGGCUAGAAAGAGUAUUGCCAAAUUAAUAUUGUAGUGAAGGCCUAUAAUGCUGAUAGAAGAAAAUAGAAUCGUUUGUUAGUAGAAGAGGAAAAGAAUAAUUAUGAAGGGCCUCUUUCUUUUUAGUUAUAAAGUCAACUGUCAUUUGUCAAUUGUCAAUUUGGCUAUAAGUUGAUGGCUAAUGAACUGUUAUAAUUUUUUAAAAUUUUGUUUUCCUUUACUUUUUAAUCUAUGAAGGUUCUUUUCAUGUAUUUAAUUCGUGAUUCUUGAAUAAGUUUAAAUCGUUUCUUCUCAAAAAGUUAAAAUGACUCUCCCGAAUCAAUGCCAAAAUCCGUCUCAACCAGACAAUAAUGUAUCUGAUAUGUUAACAAUAGGAAAAUUAUCACAUUUGGAGAGUGUAACGAGUGUUACAAGGAAGUUAUUACCUUUAGCAGCGUUUUUUAUGGCAUUUACUACAGUUAUGACUGUUCUAAUUGUCUACAUGGAUAAUACUGCUAUUAAACAUUAUCAAUUCCGGGUCAAUAUGAGUCAAGAUUAUGAUCUUCUUGGAGUUUCACAAGAUGAUCCCCAACUAAUAAUGUAUAUUAGAGAGGUUCAUCUUACUCCAGCUAUUGAACCAAAUCAUAAACCAUUGAAGUCUGAGGAUGAAAUAUCUGAAGACACAGCUUAUGUUAUUGACUUAUUACAUAAUAAGAGAAAGGGGUUCUUUGUAGAAGCUGGUGCUUAUAAUGAUGGUAGAACAUCAAAAACUGAAUGGUUGGAAGAAAAACUGGGUUGGCAGGGACUUUUGAUACAACCUGAUCCUAGACACUACUUCAGUUUAAGGCGGCACAAUAGGAAACACUCCCAAGCUAUACAUGGUUGUUUAAGUCCCUCACCUUAUCCAAAAGAAGUGUCUCUUCAUCCUGAAAAUGAGGGCAUAAAAAUGAACAGUAUUCAUUCUAGUUUACUAGACAUGGAUGAUAGUGACUGGUUUAAUACCAGGGUAAAAUGUUUCCCAUUAUAUUCCCUACUUUUAGCUACAAAUAUUACAAACAUUGAUUAUUUAAUUCUAGAGACAGGUGGUUCCGAGUUACUAGUAUUAGAAACUGUACCUUUUGAUAGAGUCCAUAUUAAGGCACUGAACGUUGUACCAAAAAGGCACACACGAUGUCUCGCAACUGGAAUUGCAGAUCGUCCAGAAGUCAGGACAACUUGUACUAUGAUUCCUGGUGAUGGUGUUGGACCUGAAUUAAUGUACUCAGUUCAAGAAGUGUUCAAAGCAGUAGGCAUCCCAGUUGAUUUCGAAGCAUACUUUUUUUCAGAGGUUAAUCCCACCCUUAGUGCCCCCCUUGACAAAGUAGCAGAAAGCAUUUCAAAAAAUAGAGUAUGCCUAAAAGGUAUCUUAGCUACACCUGAUUACAGUCACACAGGUGAGCUACAAACAUUAAAUAUGAAGCUGAGAAAUGCUUUGGAUUUAUAUGCAAAUGUAGUACAUGUAAAAUCACUUCCUGGUGUCAAAUCUAGACACACUGGAAUUGAUUGUGUUAUUAUUAGAGAACAAACUGAAGGGGAAUACUCAGCUUUAGAGCAUGAGGGUGUCAAAGGGAUUGUGGAAUGUUUAAAAAUCGUCACUGCUAAGAAAUCUCAAAGGAUUGCUAAGUUUGCUUUUGAUUAUGCCACAAAGAAUAAUAGAAAGAAGAUGGCCAAGCUGUACCCGAAAAUAGAAUUUGAAAAAAUGAUAGUUGACAACUGCACCAUGCAGAUGGUGUCCAAUCCGCAACAAUUUGACGUCAUGGUGACGCCCAACCUCUACGGCAACAUUGUCGACAAUUUGGCUUCCGGACUCGUAGGUGGCGCUGGUAUAGUCGCCGGGGCUUCGUACUCAGCUAAUUGCGUCGUUUUUGAACCGGGUGCGCGUCACACAUUCUCAGAAGCGGUGGGAAAAAACGUAGCGAAUCCCACGGCGAUGCUUUUGUGCGCAUCGAAAAUGCUCAGACAUGUGAAUCUACAUUACUAUGGUGAUAUGAUUCGUAAUGCUGUUGAAAAUGUCUUAAGAGACGGCAAAGUCAAAACGAAAGAUGUUGGGGGACAAUCUACCACGCAACAGUUUACCUACGCCGUUAUCAGCAAAUUGGAGAUGACAAAAAAAUAA